AUGCUAGCCAUCAUGGAGCAAUGGGAUGGGGAGAAUGGCUGUCACUGGAGCAAAAUUGACAAGUAUCUUCUACUCUUGAUUUUGAAGCUGGGAAUGGACGCAUCUGUCUUUUACUUAUGCUGCCAAAAGCUCUAUAAAUUCUUUGUAAAUAUGUGUAGCCUGUCUAUUGUACUUUUUGAUUUGCUGUUAGUGUUCCUUAUGGCAACUGUGUGGCUUCUUGGAACUGAAAAGUCCCUUAUGUCACCUUGCUUUAUCUUGGCUAAUGCAUCAGCUGCAUAUGGAGCACUACCAUUACCCAUGAUGUUCCUUGGUUUACUGGACUACUGUUUGCAAGAUGCAGUUCUCUGCAACCAGAACUCUUUCCUCAAACCUGCAACAAAUGCAAUCUUGACGUUGCUGAUGUGGAUUCUAGUUGUUACUUACACAUUCAGUCCUGUCCAAAAUAAGCAGAUGGAACUAGACAAUGUGACACAGACAAUUUUAGUGGUAUGUAAAGUAGAUGGAUCCAUAGUUGUAACAUACUUUGUAGUGGGUCUUUUCACAGGAAUAAUCUGUACAAUGUUACCCUUUUGCACACUGAUUCCCUUCUGGUUGAAAGAGGCUAACAGGAUAUCUAUAGCAAGGGAAGGACAAGAGAAGAAGAGAAGUGACUUGUUCACCUCAACUACCUGCAUCUUUGAAAAAGGAAGCGAGAAGAUUUACCUGGAGGAGACUAACUGGCCACGCCCCCCUCUGUGGAUCAGCCUAACACUAGGCUUUGGUUUGUUUUGGAUGCCUUAUCUCGCCGUUUCUGUAGUUUGUCUGCUCUUGCACUUUGGAGUACCAGCCUAUCUCACAGUCAACAUUCUAUGGUUGGAAUGUGCUAACAGUUUCCUGCUUGGUUUGGUAUUCUGGGUAAAGAGCAAGACACAAGGGCCAUACAGCCAUGUACCAGAAAAUAUGUGCACUUGGCAUGUUUUCUGGCAUUUGAGCAAAGGAACGCAACGGCAAACUAACUUUGUGGCAGUGUUAAACUCAUCAAAAGAGAAGGAAAACACUUUCUUCUGUGUGUAAUAUUUAAUCAAGUUUAUGCAAGAUGUGUGUGUAACACAUAUGGAAACAAUUAAACAAGGUAUGAAAUGAUUACUGGGGUAUAUCAUGUGCUA